AUGGCUGCUCGAAUAUCGGGGGCCCCCGAGCCUCGCAAGGGGGGCCCCCCGUCGCGCGUGGGUGGGGGCCCUGCUGGGGACGGCUGCUGCUUCGCGGAAGCGGCGGCGGCAGCAGCAGCCGCAGCAGCAGCAGCUGCUGCUGCUGCUGCGGAGGAAGACGAGGCCGAGGCCCCCAACCCCAGCUGCAGCGAGCAGGGGCCCCUGCAGCCCCUAGAGAAGUGCAUGGGGGCCUCUUCUCCAGACUCAAUGGGCUACAGCAGGGCCCCGCUGCUGCCUGCGUGCUUGCAUGCAGAAGCAGCAGCAGCGGGCGGCAGCGCGAAGGACGCUGCAGCAGCAGCAGCAGCAGCAGCAGCAGCAGAGGAGGCCAGGCCCUACCCCUGGCUCAGCAGCAGCGCAGCCUCCCCCUCAGCAGCAAGUGGCUGGCGCUCCCCCCCCAUGUGCUGCAGCACUGCUGUGUCUCCUUCUUCGCGCUGCGAGCAGCUGUCUUGCUGCGGCUCCCCAGCCAGCCGCUGGGGCGAGUGCUGCUGCUUCUCCAGCCUGCAGCUGCAGCAGCUCAGGUGCGCAGACGCAGCAAAGAUGCAGCUGGCUGCAGCAGCAACAGCAGCAGCAGCAACAGCAGCAGCAGCACCGCCCGACGCCGAAGUCGGCUCGGCGCCCCUGCAUGCAGCGCCGAGCCAGCAGCAGCAGGAAGCGGCACGGGCCAGCAGCAGCAACGGCAGCAGCAGCAGCAGCAGCGACAGCAGCAGCAGCACCGCAGCACAAGAAGAAGCUCCCGCAGCAGCGAAGGAGCAGCUAGCAGUUGCUGCUGUUGCUGCAGACGGUGCUGCUGCUGCUGCAGGCGCUGCUUGCUGCUCUUGUGCUGCACCCGAAGCAGCAGAAGAGAACUUGACUUCGAGUCAAUCUCCUCAGCAGAUUCCAGAGGGACGCGGGACUGCAGCAGAACCUGCUGCUCCUCCAGCAGCAGCAGAGGCAGCGACAGCAGCAGCAGCAGCAGCUGCUGCUGCUGCUGCUGCUAACUUCAAUGAAGCGCAUGGCCCUGCCCCCAACCCCUUAAACGGCAGCGGCGGAGCUGACGCCGAGGCCGGUAGCACAGAUGCUGACGCAGCAGCAGCAGCAGCAGCAGCAGCUGCUGCUGCUGCUGCUGCUGCAACUCAUGCACCAGAAACUGCAGUGGCAGCAACGGCAGCCGCAGCAGAAGCAGAAGAAGCGAGAACAGAAGCAGCAGCAACAGCAGCAGCAGCAGAAAGUGCUGCCCCGCAGCCCCAAGCGCAGCUGCCUGGCAGCAGCACAGCUCCCUCUCCGGCUGACCAGGCGGGAGAGGCAGUGGAGGGAGAACCCUCAGCAGCAGCAGCAGAAGCUGCUGCUGCAGCAGAAGCCCCAGCAGCAGCAGCAGCAGCAACAGCAGCAGCAGCAGCAGCAGCAGAUGAGGACACGGAGGGCUGGAUCUCCGUGAAGCCGCGGCGCCCUCGCCGCUGGGCAGAAGUGCCCAUUUCAGACGACGAGGACAGCAGCGGGUUCCGGCCCCAGAGGAAGCCCCACGGCCCCGCAGCUGCAGCAGCACACCGCCAACACCCGCGGCAAGGGGGCCCCCCUGCUGCGCGGAAGCCCUGCAGCUACGGGGAGAAAGCAACAGCAGCAGCAGCAGCAGCAGCAGCAGCAAACACGCAGCACAGACACACCAACUACACCUGCGUGUUUAGCGCAGCCGUGGCUGCGGGUCUCGUCAACCCCGGCCGAGACACGUGCGUGGCGCCUGCCGAGCAGCAGAAACAGCAGCAGCAGCAGCAACAGCAGCAGCAGCAGCAAACCAAUUUCGAGGAUGAUAGGGGCCCGAAGCAACCUGGCGCUGCUGCCAACAUCAACUGGGGCCCGUGGGUGUCUCAUUCCUGCGGAUGGUGCUUAUGGCACGACCCAAUAGGCAACGAGGCGAGCGGAAGCAGCAAAAGCAGCAGCAGCAAAGGGCGGCUGCAGGAAGACUAUGAAAGGGGCCUCGUGCAAAUAGGCCGGGCUGCGUCUUUGCGGGCAACGCUGGAGCUGUUUCAGCUGCUGUCCCACAAGGCUUUGAGCCCCCCUGUGAACGUGGCCGUCUUUGUGGGCGGCUGCGCCCCCCUGUGGGAAGAUCCUGUGAACAGGAGGGGGGGCCACUUCGUCAUAAGGAACCUCGCAGGGAAGUCGCAGGCCGUGGAGGUGUUUUUGCUGCUGCUGAGAUCCUUAGAGCAGAAGCAGCAGCGCCACAGACGCACCUUGAGGGCCCUUCUCUCUACUCUUACUGGAGUGGUACUGUGUUUGCGCAACAACGACAAAAGCCACAAAGUUGAGGUGUGGGUGGGGUCGACUGCGUGCCAGACGCUGCGGCAGCAGGAGGCGCAGCUGCGGGAGCUGUUGGGCUCUGCUGCUGUGGGGCUGCACCGGUUGGACUUCGCCUUUCUUUCGCAUGAAGCUUGCCUUAAUAAAAACCAAAGAAAGCUGCGCCUUAAGCCGCAAAAGCGGGAGCCCGAGGUGGCGCCAGCGGGAGCUGGGGAAGCAGCGUUGCCUGAGCAGCAGCAGGAGCAGCUGCAGCAGCUGCAGCAGCUGCAGCAGCAGCAAGUAGUGCUGCCUGCUUUGUAUUCAGGAGAGAGAGAAGCAGGGGCAAGCAGCUGCAACAAAGCAGCCUGCGGGGAUAGACUUUGCGGGGAAGGAGCCACUUCGACUUGUGAAAGUGUGAGCACAGACACAGGAAGCUCCCGCCGCAACAGCAGCAACAGAGGGGCCUUCAGCAGCAGCGGCAGCAGCGGCGGCACCAACAGCAGCAGCAGCUGCUGCAGCACCAGCUCCAGCAGCGGCAGCAGCAUUUCAAGUCUCUGCUGCGACGCGGGCGUGUCGACCCGCAGCUACAAGAGUGUCAUUCUUAGAGGCACUCAAACAGGUAGGCAGGUACGGUGGUGCGGCGGCUCUGGAGCCUCGCCGCCGCUCGGGCUUUUCGCGAGCAGCAGCAGCAGCAGCAGCAGCAGCAGCAGCAGCAGCAGCAGCAGCAGCAGCAGCAGCAGCAGCAGCAGCAGCGUCGCAGAGCCGAAUUCGGGGGGCGAUGAGAAGAAGUCGCCGCUCGCGCCAACGGCUCAAGAUGUACCUCAACUCAGUAAACAGCAGGUCCAGGGGCAACAGCAGGUGCCGUUGCAGCAGCGAGAACGAGCAGGGAGCAGCAACAGCAGCACGAAGCCACCGGCGCUGCAUUCAGGGGCACUGGCUGCUGCUGCAGGGAAGGCCGGGGGAGCUGCUGCUGCUGCUGGAAGAGGGAAAGAUGCGCCGCAGCCACCCGAAGGUGCACAGGCUGCUGCUGCAGGUGCAGCAGCUGCAGCAGCUGCAGCAAGCAGCCGACUUCCCCGGGGGGCUGCCAGUGUGGGCCGGAAACAAGGCAGACACAAACACCCACGGAGGCAGUACGGGGUAGGACUUAGCCACAGCGAAAGCCUGCGGCCCGAGCAGCAGCUGCUGCAGCACUUAUAUGCAUUCAAUGCUAGCGAAAUCCCUGACUAUUUCUCAAUGCAGCAGGCUGCAUACCAGGGGCGGGCUCCGGUGUAUCAGAGCUACGCUGCGUGCGCCACUGCUGCUGCUGCUGCCGACCAGGCUGCUGCUGCAGACCAGCAGCAGCGGCAGCCAGCAACUCUGUGGGACUUUCCACCUUUGUCUUCCUCUGAAGCGGCCGCUGCUGAUGCUGCUGCUGAAGCUUCCCUUCAGAGCCACGAGCAGCAAGAACGAAGACAGGCGCAGCUGGCGCCAGGGCAUGGAGCAGCAGAAACAGCUGAAAACAGCAGCAGCGUCAGCAGCACACCUGCAGUGAAGCAGUUUGCUUUUAAUCCUUAUGCUCCGGGAUUCGUAAUGCCUUCUGUUCCUCUCUCUGCCCCAACAGUGGCAGCAGGGGGUGCUGCCGUUGCUGCUGCAGCUGCUGCUGAUGUUGGGGAGGAAGUCAGCGAGCGCUGCUCGGCGGAAGCGGCUGAGGCUUCUUCGACUUUGCUGCUACAGCCUCCCGCCGCUGCGGAUGCCGGCAACCUUCCCUCCGCUGGGGCUGCUGCUGCUCCUGUGGAAGCCGAAGCCGCAGCCGCAGCAGCAGCAACAGCAGCAGCAGCUUCAGAAUACAUGGGCGGGCUCCUGGACGCGGACUUCGUGGACCCCCAGGACCCCUCGUCUUUGCUGCUGAUAACGCUGAUGCUGCACCCGGCUCUUGACGACGGCAGCCCGCUGCAGGUGCCGCUGCUGCCGCUGGCCCGAAUAGAAGGCGGCGCAGUUGCUGUGGAGGCAGAGUUGGAAGCUGCGGAGCAGCAGCAAGAACCCCGCAAGAAGGAAGCGGCGAGUCCUUCGCGUCUCAGCCUGACUCUGGACUACGAGGAGGUCACUCAGACUCUGUCAGUUGACAUUCAGCAGGACUAA